AUGUACUUUUGCUUUGAGAAGACACUCUCGAUGUCAGAUGCUACCAAAACCAUCUUGGAGGUACCGCGUUACGCAACUAAUUUACCGGAAGAAAACAAAGAAGUGGUGGUUGUAAAGGAUCAAACUGGAAGAAAAUGGGUGUUUGAGGUGGCGAUAAAGAAUGAUGAGAAGCAAAAAAGGUUGCAAGGCCAAUGGAGUGGUUUUACUAAGGCUCAUGGUCUCAUGAAAGGUGUUAUUGUCAAGUUUUAUUUCAAUCCCAUUCAAAAUUUAUAUUCCGUGGAAUUCGAAGGCCAACUGCUCAGUGGUUGGAGAAUUACUUCAAGGACGGGAAGCUUUGAGAAGAAGCUCUCCGAAGAAGAUUUUACCGGCACGUUGGAUAUACCACUGACUGCAAGUUAUUCACUUGAUGAGAACAACCAGCCCAUCAUGGUUGUGUGGGAUCAAACUGGAAAGUAUUGGGAGUUUCAGACAACAAUAGGUGGUGGUGAUGGUAAUAAAAGGCUGUUGGAACGCGAAAAAUGGCUUGAAUUUGCAAACCAUAAUCAACUGGAGGUAGGAGAAACACUGAAGCUUCGUUACUUUCCCACUCGCAAUUCAUAUUCUGCCGAAUAUGAAGGCCAUAACCGCAUCCCGACUCUUCAGCUCUAUCACUAA